GGAGGUGCUGCCUGCUGCUCUCCGUGGAGCCUCUACAACGCCACGCGUAGGGCCGAGUGAGCGGUACACACGUGUCCCCCGGAGGACCCGGGAAGCUACUCAGAACAGGGACGUUGCUCACGCGGUGCCUGCAGAAGCGCUGCUCCACCUACGGCCGAAGUCUGCGCCCACUCGGAGAUAAUGAAAGGAAAAAGCACAUGAAUGCCCCAUGGAAACCUGUAAUCAAACAUCGAGUGAUUUCAUCUUAUUGGGAUUGUUCCCACCGUCAGCAGCCGGCCUUUUGCUCUUUGCUCUCAUUAUUCUCAUGUUCCUGAUGGCACUAAUUGGCAACCUGUCCAUGAUGCUCCUCAUCCUCCUGGACUCCCGUCUCCACACACCCAUGUAUUUCCUGCUGCGUCAGCUAUCUCUCAUUCAUUACAUCUCCACCAUCGUCCCUAAGAUGGCUUCCGACUUUCUGUUUGGAAGCAAGUCUAUCUCCCUCAUGGGGUGUGGGAUUCAGAGUUUCUUCUUUUUGACUCUGGGAGGUGCAGAAACACUGCUCCUGACAUCCAUGGCCUAUGACCGCUAUGUGGCUAUUUGCUGUCCUCUCCAUUAUCAUGUCCGAAUGGGCAGAAGAGUGUGUGUGCUGAUGGUGACAGGGUCUUGGGUGAUGGGCUCUAUCAACUCGUGUGCCCACACGACGUAUGCACUCUCCAUCCCUUAUUGCCAGUCCAGGGCCAUCAACCAUUUCUUCUGUGAUGUUCCCACCAUGCUGACCCUGGCCUGCAUGGACACCAGGGUCUAUGAGUACACAGUGUUUGUGAGCACCAUCCUCUUCCUUGUGCUCCCCUUCUUUGGUAUUGUGUGUUCCUACAUUCGAGUCCUCCUUGCUGUGUACCGCAUGAGCUCAGCAGAAGGGAGGAGGAAGACCUACUCCACCUGCACUGCCCACCUCACUGUGGUGACUUUCUACUACACACCCUUUGCUUACACUUACCUACGCCCAAGAUCCCUCCGAUCUCCCACAGAGGACAAGGUUCUGGCUGUCUUCUACACCAUCCUCACCCCAAUGCUCAACCCCAUAGUCUACAGUCUAAGGAAUAAGGAUGUGAUACAGGCCCUGAGAAGAGUGAUUCAGAAAAUAUGCUCUGUGAACAUGUUAUGA